AACUCUCCAACUUCAAUCCCCUGUUUCUACUCAAUUCUUCUCUCACAGGCAUUUCAACAAACACCUUCUCUGCUUUCACAUUAACCGAACGUUUCUCUCUGCAAAACAAAUGGCUAGACCUCAACAUCGUUAUCGUGGAGUUCGCCAAAGGCAUUGGGGUUCGUGGGUCUCAGAGAUUCGCCACCCUUUAUUGAAGACAAGAAUUUGGCUUGGCACAUUCGAAACGGCAGAGGAUGCUGCACGAGCAUACGAUGAGGCUGCGAGGCUCAUGUGUGGACCAAAAGCACGCACCAACUUCCCAUACAAUCCCAAUGAGCCUCAAACAUCUUCUUCUAAGCUUCUCUCAGCAACUUUAGCAGCUAAGCUACACAAGUGUCAUAUGGCAGCUCUCCAACUUCAAGUGACCAAGAAAACUGCACCAAAACAGUCCAAUGGAACGUCUCAAUAUAACCAAUUUGUCACAAGUGAUGGCAUUGGAGGAAGAAGAGUUGAAUUGGGCACAGAAUGGCAGGAGGCCAAAUGGGUUGGUGGGGAAGUUGGUCAAUUGGGGAUCAAUCAACAGCAACAGCAGCAGUUUAAGGCACUUGAAGAUGACCAUAUAGAGCAGAUGAUUGAAGAGUUGCUUGAUUAUGGGUCUAUGGAGUUUUCUUGUCCUGAUGUUUCGUCAACAUAAUUUGUCCAAAUUUAGUAGCUUUAUUAGUCAAUUAACCUCUAUUUAUCUCCUUUGUUAUCCAAGUAAUUCUAAUAAUAAACAUUUAAUAGUUGAAUGAUCUCUCAUGAUCUUGAAUUUUA